UUUGAACUCGACCACCGAGAUUGCAUGGACGUCUACCAAGAAUACCAGGGUUUUUUGAAGAAUGAAGAAGUGUCUCCUCCGUUGGCUGCAAUCCUUUCGUUGACCGAGAUGAUGGAGAGAUCGAAUGCGGGAACUAUGUUUGAACUCGUCAAGGAGCUGAAAGAUGGCGCCGAAAGUCUCAACAAACAUUCACCGAACCCAAUCAGCUUGAACGCUGGUUGCGAGUUGUUCAUCGAGUUUAUCACCUUGUUUCCUCAUGACUCUGCGAGUUUCUCCGAUCUCAAAACAGAACUCAUAAAGCAAGGCCGGGACUAUGUUGCAGAGGCCUUAACAUAUCGCCGAAGGAUUGCAGAGUUAGCUCUCGAUUUUAUCAAAGAUGAUUCUGUGAUUUUAACACACUCGUAUUCAAGGGUCGUCAUGCAAACUCUCUUGAUGGCCCACAAGAGAAAGCGGAUAUCAGUUUAUGUUACUGAAGCACGGCCCAGAGGCCUCGGAAUCAAGACUGCAGAAAAGUUGACGGCUGCCGGCAUUCCUUGCACUGUUAUCCUAGACUCGGCGGUUGCCUAUGCUAUUGAAAAAGUCGAUUUCAUUCUUGUUGGGUCGGAAGCCGUUGUCGAGAGCGGUGGUCUUAUCAACGCUGUUGGCAGUAAUCAAAUGGCCAUCAUCGCAAAGGCAGCCAAUAAGCCUUUCUAUGCCUUAGCUGAAAGCUUCAAAUUCCACAGGUUAUUCCCGCUAUCACAAUACGAUUUGCCCACACAUCACCCGACAUUGCUUUCCUUCCCGAUAUCCCAACAUCGGCCUGCUCCUCCAAUGAUGGCUCGACCUUCAGUAAUGCCGUCUCGGCCUGGAGAUGAGUCUUUAACAGAUGAUUCAGUGUCCCCGAUCAAAUUUACCCAGGAACAAAUCGCCCGAAAUAACCCGGAUGUGGACUUUACUAGGUUUGUCUUCAUCUGGCGUUCUACCGAAUUGCUUUCACGAUCACCCUAGACCCGACCUCAUAACCUUAGUCUUUUCGGAUGUGGGGAGUCUCACGCCUGAAGGCGUCAGUCAGUAUCUAGUCGGAAUGUUUGCUGGAUAAAAUAAACUCCAUUGCCACCUUCUGCUUCCUCGGGUUCAAUAAGUUUCUCGUCUCUAGACCUCGCGAUGGAUCCUCAUCGGAAGCAGAUCCCCAAUCGCUUGCAACCGAUCCGGGCUGGCGCGAUCCAAGAACAAGAAACCGUCUUAUUAUUAUCAAUCAAUCCUGGAAUCCCACAUGGCUGGAGAGGUACUUGUCGAGGGACCGGCUUGUGAAUAAUUAGAAGCAAGCCCUGGCUUACGGGCCCAUUUG